AUUCACUUUAACCUAAAAAUUUGUUCGCUCAUUUCGAUGUAAAUAAAUCGUUGAAGGGUCCAUCGAAAUAUUUUUAACUAGUGAGGAAAAAUCAUGAAUACACUAUUAAACAACGCCAAGAGUGUAUCUCUGGUUGUCAACACUUUCGCCAAGAAUGGGGGCUGCAUAAGUAGAGGUUUGAAAUCUAACCUGAAGAUCAAGUGGAAUAAACCAGAAAAAAUACCCUCUACAGAUCCCUUGAAGUCUGGAGACUUGAAGUCGUCGGUAAAAGUAUCUCCUGACGAGCUGGCCUUCGGAUAUGAUAAGUCUGAGGAGCUCAAAGAUGCUCCGGAGAUAGUUAGGAAGCUCUUCACCCUCGAGCACAUGCCUGUGAAGGAAACUAGGAAGUUGAACCUUGAGAAGUUUAGAGAUCUUGUCAAGAGACACGAUAUGGAUUAUAGAUCCAUGGAAUCUACCUUGGCAAUAAUGACCUGCGCAAUUCGUGAGAUGCAGGAGCAUAUGAAGACUCACCCACGAGACAGAAGACGUAAACAUAUCCUGAAAGAGCUGAUCGACAAAAGGAAAAAAUACCUGACAGACUUGCGAAGAUGGGACUACAAGCGUUUCGAAUGGCUACUAGAGAAGCUUAACAUUGUUUAUCACCCUUACCCGGAGCUCUGGAUCAGUCCCACUAGGAAAGACUCUCUCAGAAAAUUGACGAGUGCACACUGCGAGGAGGUGAGACAGGCGAAGCUGGAUUCCUACAGAGCAGAGCUCGAGGCACAGCAGAAAGACUUCUUCAAGGAGAAAGCAGAGAAAUUGGCCUUCAUCAGGUCUGAGGAGAUUGCUUGUGGGUUGGAACCCACUGUCAGUGAAGCGGAGAUUGCAGCAGCUCAAGAAAAAGCUGCAGAGUUUCAGUAACAAGAAUCAGUGGUUAAUAAAUAGAAUUUACGUGAUGAUAUCUAUUGCUUCGUCCUUAAUUCUUGCUAGAAACGAUUUUGGAAAUAGUUCCAUUCGUAUUUUCGUUAAUUAUUCCAGCGGUCGUCUUUAAUUAGGGGGAAUCGGCGUUAAUUCAAUUGGAAAUUAAUUUUUGGAGGACAAAUUCAGGAUUUUUUCAUAUUAAUUUCAUAUAUUUUGACCCUUAAACCAUUUAUUUUGAAUUAUAAAAUGAUUAUGAAUGUUGAUUAAACCUAAACUAUCAAUAGAAUAUAUAAUGACUGGUUAAGAUCAAA